AAAUAAGCCAAUGCCAUAAAAACAAAUAAAACUAAAAAUAUGGCAUGAUGUCAAUAUUUCAAUUCCUUUUAAAUUAAUACUUAUUGCAAAAAUAUAAGAAAAUGGAGGUAAAGGAUCACGUAUCAUUAAUAGAUUUAUCAAAACAAUUACCAUUUGAAAUCGAUGCAUCUAUGAAAGAAGAAAUUUGUUUUGGAGAAACACUUAUUAUUAGUUGUGGACAUUAUGAAGGUGAUCUUGAAGAAGAAGAAUCAGAAUCCGAAUGGACAUGUGAGAGUUCUUCUGAAGCAACUGUACCGGAAGAAGCUAAAGGUGACCAAGUGUUUGAAAUAAAGGACUAUGUUCCGGAAGCUGUUGUGCAAGAAGAAGAAGAUGAAGAAGAUGACGAUUUUUAUUUUUACUUUUUCCCCGAUUGCAACAAGCCUCCUCCGCCCCAAAAUAGUAAAUCCAGUAUUAUUGUUGUUGAUGGCAUGCCAAAAAUAAAUAUGGCAGCAAAAACGCAAAUUUAUUGCACAUGUAAAAAAGACAAAGCGGGAGAGUGCCCAUGUUAUGUAAAAGUACCUUGUACUUGUGGAGCUAAGGCUAAGGCCACAUGCACGUGCUCGGAACUAAAAGAUAUAUGUAUUUGUGCUCCGGGGGAUCCUCAAAUUGCAUGCACAUGUGGAAACGCUGAUGUAUGUACAUGUGAUCCUACUGGGAAAAUAUUUCCUGUAUGCACUUGUGGUCAAAUUGAUAAGCCUUGUAUAUGUCAUCCUGAUAAAUAUCCUUGUCCUAUAUGCCAAUGUAAACAUAAGCCCCGAUUUUUACCCGUUACGAAAACUGAACCUUCUGAGCCGUCUUUACAAACGAUAGAAUCGUUAUAUGAAAGUUUAUCAAUAGAAGGGGAAAUAAGCCACAUUAGUAGUGUACUUGCAAAGAAACCAUCACAAGAACCUACGAUGGAAUCUCUAAAAGAAGUUUUUAAUGAGCAAAGCGUAAUCGAAGAAGAACCAUGCGUUUGCCAAAAGCCGGAUCCUAAAAAAUUGUGCCAUUGCAAGAAAGGCAAAGACUGUACGUGCUUGUCAUUAUGCACAUGUGGUGUACAACGCACUUGUUUAUGUGAUCCAGAAGAGUGCGAAGAUUCCCCCUGCAGAAAGGAAGAAUCGAAGUCUGUUUGUAGUUGUGAUGCCGUCAAAGUAUGCAAAUGCGCACUGGAAACUAGUAGUGGCGUUUGUAAAUGCUUUCCGGUGAAGAUUUGUACGUGUAAAAAUCCAGAUGAUUGUAAAUGCUACACUACCUGCGAUUGCACAAAUCCGUGCAUUUGUGAUACAAUUCCGGUUAAACCAGAUGAAUGUGUUUGUUUGACAAAACCUGGAUUGUCUGACCGAGUUUGCACUUGUAGAUGCACAGAUAACGCAUCUGCAAAGAUAAAAAGGUUUCGUAAAGGCAAACAUGGCUAUCGAUGGUGUCACGAAGUUGAUCCACGUCAUACAUUUUUCGAUUAUGCUUACGGAAGACACGAUAUGCCCAAGACUGAAGAAACAAAACAAGAGCCGUUCAAAAUUAAAGGUUUGCAUGAUAGGCGUGACUCUGACGAAUGUCCAAUACAUGGUGCGAAGCUGCCUAAAUUCGAAAAGAAACCAAGGAAACCGUCUUUAGAUUGUUGUAGUUCUGUUGGAGGCAUCAGCAUUUGUGUUGAGACUCUCGGCGAGGACAAAGAUAAACUUCUUGUGCAAAUGGUUUCAUAUUCGUCAAAGGAAGGUGCAAAAACUGGUUCCAAGCUUGUUAGUAUCCUAGACUGUAACUUACACACGAUGGAGGAAAAUCGAGUCGAGCAUGCUACGAAGAAAGACUUGACAAAAGAGCGACGAAGCUACAUGGCUAUAUGUGAAAGUGGUUACUAUAACAAGGUGACGCGUAUUUGUGGUGAAAGGCAUGUAGUGAAGCGACUCUACCACAACUUUGACAAAGCCCGCAACUUCAUACUUGAAGGUGCUAAUCUGGUCCUCUUGCGCUACAUGGCCAUACGACGGUUCAAAGGCACCGUGAAGACUGAUACUGUAAUGAUGGAUGGUUCCAUCUGUGAAAGUAUCUAUGUUAGUCAUGGUGUUACCCAAGGAGUAGUCAACGCCACCCCCUUUUUCGUGGUGAAGAUUGAACGGCAUGUUAUCGAACCUUCGGGGUACGUUCAUCAGACGCUGACGGUGUUAACUCUUAAAGGCUACACUGUCAGUCAUGAGUGGGCGGACAACUGCUACAUUUUCCACAUAAACCCGCUGCUGCACGUCAUCCCUGAAAGAGAUGAAAUCGAAAAGACUGAACCGCUACGGGAUUCUUGGCGAGAAGAUCUACAACUGAUGUCAGACUUUUUGGAAUUCAAGAAUCUAUCAAAUCUUGUUAUCAGAACACCCGUGUGUCCGAAGGAGGACGGUAUGUCACAGAGAGUGGGACCCUCACAGGCACUGUGCGCGACUACCUGCAAACCAUCCUCUUGCUACGUCCGCAAGACACCCUGCACUUCACCAGGCAUUACUUCGGCACCGUACUGUCUGCCCUCGACCUCCCGCAUGACGAAUUCUUCGACCCUGCUUCUAAACACGUCCGAUACUAUUUCUUCGAAGAAUGAUUGGUUGCAUCCAAAACAAGGAAAAGUAAACAAAUGGAAGUCUAAUGAGGGACGGAGAGCCUGUGUUCAGUUUCUGAAGAAACAUCGCGAACGCCGCAAGAAACGUAACCGUAACGCCCGCGCUCUCGCCAGGAAUAAUGAUCAACGUGUGGCAAUGUCCAGUAAUUAUGGAAGUAUUAUUCGCACCGUAGCAUUCCUUUGUUUACUAUUCCAUGCUUUUAAGUUGAAUCUAAUUUCUUUGAAAAAUAUGUUAAGAAUUGUUAUUUUAUUUUACCUGACUUUGUAGAUUUUAUCUAUUCCUUUAACUUGUAGUCAUUUGGUUUAGUUGUAUCUUGUACUUUAUUGAAUUAAAUUUUCUGUCACUCAAGAACUGUCUGUUACUCAAGAAUUGUAUCGAAAGAAAAAUUUGCAGUUUGAAUGGUGUUACAUAUUGUGUUAAUCUACUUAAAUGUACAUAAAAUAUCUAUUUACUUACUACCUUUAUGGUAGUAAAUUGCACUCAAAUGCUAACGUGUACUUUUAUAUGCAUUAACUGUAUUCAAAAUUAUUAGUCUGUUUUUAUAAUUUCUUGAGAACUUUGAGCUCUAGUAAGUAACUGUAAACUGUCAAAAAUAAAUGUUAAUAUAAUAGAA